AUGAGCACUUCACAGAGAGGCUUAAACCCAAGCAUCAAUGUAUACUUGUACAUUUCAUGGGCAAGAGGUAUAGAAUUCUACUCAGAUGAGCUUCAAGCACUUUGCAGACAUAGAGAGUGCUGGGUGCCUGUUUAUCUGUUUCCUUUUACCAAUCCUACUUUCCUUUCCAAAAGGAGUCCAGGUUGUUUUGAAACACAAAAUCUCACACAGGUCUCAGAAUUUCAUCUCAUGGGCUUUUCAGAAGAUCCAGCCUUGCAGCUUCUCCUCUUUGUGCUGUUCCUGUCCAUGUACUUGAUCACGCUGCUUGGGAACCUGCUCAUCGCCCUGGCCAUCAGCUCAGACUCCCGCCUCCAGACCCCCAUGUAUUUCUUCCUCUGCAACCUGUCCUUGGCUGAUGUGGGUUUCACUUCCACCACGAUUCCCAAGAUGAUUGUGGACAUCCACACUCACAGCACAGCCAUCUCCUAUGUGGGCUGCCUGACACAGAUGUCUCUCUUUAUUAUCUUUGGGUACAUGGAUGAUUUGCUUCUGACCGUGAUGGCCUAUGACUGGUUUGGCACAUUUGUCGCCAUUUGUCAUCCAUUGUAUUACCAGGUCAUCAUGAACCCCUGCCGCUGUGGCUUCUUGGUUUCAGUGUCAGUUGUGGCCAGCCUUUUGGAAUCCCCGAUGCAGAUUUUGAUGCUAUUAAGAGCUACCUGCGUCAAAGAUGUUGACAUUUCUAAUUUCUUCUGUGAACCUUCCCAGCUUCUCACUCUUGCUUUCUCUGACACUUUCACUCAUGACAUAGCCAUAUAUUUUGUUGGCAUCAUAUAUGGUUUUCUCCCUAUCUCAGGGAUUCUCCACUCUUACUACAAAAUCAUUUCCUCCAUUCUGAGAGUCCCAUCAGCUGGUGGGAAGUACAAAGCCUUCUCCACCUGUGGCUCUCACGUGACUGUUGUAUGUUUAUUUUAUGGAACAUCCCUUGGGGUGUAUCUCACUUCAGCAGCCUCACUUUCUUCCAGGAAGUGUGCAGUGGCCUCAGUGAUGUACACUGUGGUCAUCCCCAUGCUCAACCCCUUUAUCUACAGCCUGAGGAACAUGGACAUCAAGAGGGCCAUGUGGAGACUUCUCAGUCAGCAAACUAUUUAG